AUGCCGCUGGUCACGCCAAGAGAUCGAAGAUCAGGUGGGCCGGACACGUUAUGCGAUAUAGUGAUGACCGUUUUACCAGGGCCGUUACGGAGUGGAUCUCUUGGGACGUCAAGCGAACACCACGACGGCCGCCAACGAGAUGGUCGGACUUCUUCACGAAAACUCUGGACGAAAGGAAUGUUUUGCCCCAUGUCCCUCGAGCGAGUGCGAUUCACUGGACUACUGUGGUUCGUGACAGAGACGAAUGGAGACGUUACUGGCGCCCGCUCGAGGAAAUUGACGAUCAAGUGGAGUACAGGUGAUACAGGUGAAUUCACACAAAAUUUGGAACCACUUCGAUUUCCCUCGAUUUGCGAACAAAUCAUACAUCUUCGCUUGCUUGCAUUUUCAGCGUUCGCAACGACGAACUCACUUUAUUUGCUCUUUCCAUUGCUGGUCGUUGAUUUGACAAAAUCAUUCAGAUGA